UGUUGUAAAUUUUAAGCAAUUAAUAAAAACCCCAAAAUAUAUCAGAUUCAGAAUAAUUUUUAAAAAUUUUCGGACAUUUAUGUUUCAUAAAAGAAUACAUAAAUGAAAAUAAUCAAUAUUUAAUUCGACAAUUAUAUAUGAAUUCAUAAUUAUAAACAUAUUUAAUUAAUUAAACGAUAACAAAGUAAGGAGAAAAGAUUACUUAAUUUAUGUUAAUAUUAGAAGGUUACGUCGGUUUAUAUUUAAAUAGACAAAAUAAGUUGUAUAAAAUAAAAAAACUAUACGCAGGAGACACUAUAGAAACUCCUACUUUAUGUGAAAAUGGGGAAUAUUAAAUGACAACAAUAUGUCUUUCAGAAAAUGUCAAAAUUUUAAUUUUAUCAGAAUAAAAUUUCAAAAAUAUAUUUUAAAAAAGUGAAAUAGAAAAAUAUGAAAAUGAAUUAAAUUUUAUUAAAAAUAUUGAAAUUUUUGAAUCAUGGCCUAAAGCAAAUCUCAAGAAGCUUUACAUGUGUUUAAAUAAUUUUACUGUGAAUAAAUCAUAGGUUAUAUAUUAAUAAAAUUAACCAAGCCGAGCUAUGUAUAUAAUUAAAAAAGGAGAUUUCGGAGUAAUGUAUAUAUGAAUAUACUUAUUUAUAUUAAUUUUUUUAAAAAGGAAUAUAAAA